UACUCUUUUUCAUACUACUGAUGUUCCUUUUGCAGAAAAAAUGUUAAAUCCAUCAUGUAGACGUAUUAUUUGGGUUUCAUUUUCCAAACUAUGUACACUCUUUAUACCCACCGGAUGCAUCCGACUCUUCACCGCGAGACCCGUGUUCUGGAGAGAAAAAGUUGCUUUAUUUAUCUCAUAUAUGCUAGUUUCUGCCUUGUUUUGCUUUUGGUUAGAGUUCAUUACCACUUUGUUUUGUGACCCUCCGCAAACAUUUGAUUUCGAAACCGUUUUCAGCAACCAUUCCGAACUCUCCAGCAUCAAUGGACAGGUCAUCGACUGGCAUCACUAUGGUAACGCCACCGCCCUCACCUCAUUCGUCAAUGCAUACCCAGCAACAGACCUUUCCGCCAACUUUCCGCUCUUCAUGCAACUCAAGCGGCCACUCUACCAGCCUCAUUACAGUAACCGCAUCGUUGACCAAUGCAUCGCCCGCUUUAACAUGUCCGCACAGGCAGAUAACUGGCUUCACUACAAACUCGAAAAGGACAGUGGGUACCUCUACGGGGACGGUACCUUACUCUCUUGUCCUCUCCCCGGCCACCGAAACAAGACAGGUGCACCCUGCUUCGAUUCGACUGAACUCAACCGUCUGCCAAAGAAUGGAGCCCUCAAGUAUGAACCCGAAUUGAUCAAGUCCAAUUUCUCCUCGCUACCUUACAAGGGCUCCCCACACGCAUCCGCCUAUGUCAUCUUGGGCAAUUCCGUCCUAGAUAUCACCGAUUAUUUACUGGCCGUCACCAACAUUGUAAAGGUAGCCAAGGGCGCCCAUUCCCGAUCAUUUGCGCUCGACCGCAUGUUUCUACCACUCGAUUUGACUAUCCUAUUGUUCACCAAUAUGGGUCAAGAUAUCACCACCUUGUUUGAAAAUAUGCAUUAUGACGACAAUUACAAACAGUGUCUCGAUCAGUUUUUCUUUCAUGGCGUUGUCGCCGCUGACGCCCACGAUGAAGGCUGUGCCAGAAUGAACGUCGCCCUCUGGAUCACCAUGGGCAUCUUUCUCAUGUACUUUUUGCUCAAAAUUAAUCUCGCCAACCUCACUCGUUUGCCCUUUUUACAACGCUGGCUUUUUAAAUCUUCCGCAUUCGCUCUCUCAGAACGCCACUUACCCCCAUUUACCCUCUUAUUUGUACCUUGUUACGCAGAACCGUCACAGAUCAUUCGACAGACAUUCGAUUCCUUGGCUCGUACAAGUUACCCAGAUACACGCAAACUCCUGUUCUUCGUAUGCGACGGUUUGGCCACGUCAGCCACCGAUGGCGGCAAAGAAACAUGGCGCUGUAUACUCGAGUCCUUGGGUUACAGUUCCACUAAGGACCCCCCUUUACGUCCUUACCUCUCGCUCGGCAGAGGUCCUCGACGUAUCAAUUACGCUAAAGUCUAUGCCGGCUUUUAUGAAUCCGCCGGUAACCGUGUUCCCUUUCUGAUGGUCGUCAAAGUCGGCUCCCUGCGUGAAUCAGAGGCCUCCUUCCGGGUACCCGGGAACAGAGGCAAACGAGACAGUAUGUUGAUCGCCCUGGGCUUUUUAGAGCGAUGCAUGGAUCUAUCGCAUCAUCGGAUCUCGCCCUUGGAAUUCGAGUUGUUUAACCAAUGUUAUAAUUUACUGGGCAUUGACCCACGUUGCUUGAAAUACAUGCUGGUCACCGACGCCGAUACCCAAGUGAAGGACGAUGUCGUGGUCAGGAUGGUGGCGCGUUUGGAAGCAGAUCGGUCCCUGAUGGCAGUGAAUGGUCAUGUACGACCUGCCAACCCUGAGGAAAAUAUCGUGACUAUGCUACAGAUCUUUCCCAUCUAUCUGUCCUUCUAUUCGGGCCUGGCGUAUGAAGCGUGUUUAGGAAGUAUAGCAACUAUUCAUGGUGGUUUCAUCAUGUAUAAAUUGUGGGAUGAUAAAGCAGACGAAACACCCUUGCAUUCGGUCAAAUGGUCGAAAACAAGUGACGAUAUCCAAGAAAUGGAAGAUUUCGAUUCCAGUAGUGAUGAGGAAGAAGAGGAGGAGGAGGAGGAUGGUCUAACCACCACAACAACCACAACAACCACUGCUUCUUCGCGUCACAUGAACAAAAGUCGUCGUCGUCGUCAUCAUCAUCGUCCUGGCCAACACAGUGGAAAGAAAACAACAAUGAAAGGAAGACCCAUUUCUUUAGCGCCUGGUCAUGAAGUACAAGCCAUCUGUAUCAGUCCUACCGUCUUACGAGGACUGGCGGUGCCGCGAGCAACUACCAUGCAUAUGGAAAACGUUUUAUUGUUGGGUGAAGAUCAAUAUUUUGGCUCUGUGUUGCUUCGAUCUCAUCCGCGCUACCGUAUCGGAUUUGAGCCUGAGGCGAUUGCCUACACCACCAUCCCCACGAAUUUCUUUGCCAUGCAAGCACUCCAAUUGCGAUCCUUACGCUCGACCUUUCACAACCUUAUGGAAUUUAUACAUAUGGCCAAAGACGUCGGGUUCAAAUAUUGGAUCACGUCCUUUACAAAACUCAUCGACUUGAUCUUGUCCAUGCCCAUCAUUGUAUAUCUGUACGGUGUCUAUAUUCGUUAUUUCGUCGACGCGUAUCAAGUGUAUGCCAUCAUUGCAGGUGCAUUUACGGGACUCAUUCUCUUGCACGUGUUUUAUUUCGUGAUACGAAGACAGUUUAAAUACGUGGUGUGGUUUAUCAUUUAUGGCUUGUUCUCCGUUCCCAUCUUUAACAUUUAUUUUCCCGUCUUGGCUGCCUGGCGCUCCGAUGACGCCUAUCAGUGGUAUGAUGUCUGGCCCACCGAAAGAGGAUACGGAAGUCGUCUCCAUGGUAUUGUCACAGAUCCCAAAGAACAAGAAGAACAAGAGGAGGAGGAAGAGGAUGGAGAAGAGGUGGUACGUAUGCGGCUCAGUGAUUUCGAAGUGUCUGAGGCGCAUCAACAAGCACAACGCGAAAAAGAACAAGUGGAAUUACUCGAUGCGAAGUUUAAUGGAUUUACAGCAGGUUAUGUUCAUACCAAGAACAAACCUUCUUGGUCCUCCUCGUCGUCAUGGAUACCGUCACCUCCCUUGGCCCAGACACGCGAAAGACACUCCCGCCUCGCGUCGGAGGAGGACGCUAGGUUCUUAACCAACCAUUCCACCGUGUCCAGUCAUAAAAAUCCCUUCUCCUCCGUCUUGGAUGAUCCCUUUGAUGAUGCCUACAGUGCCUUUAAAAAGCAACAUCGUCCGAGCCAUUCACAAUCGUCGUACGUAAACACAAAUAGUCACUUUGCUGAUAGCUUUGCACCGGCCAUGACGACGGAACCCAUCGUACAGGAUGACAUUGUAUAUAAAGAAGAAAGUAGUGAUACGAUCUCACUUACCAAUUCUGUGAUGGAGUCACAGCCUUCUCCUCCUCCGCCCAUUGAUGUGAGAGGCAGAAGACGAAUUCAUCAUCACCAUGCACAAGAUGAAGGUCGAAGUGCGCCUGUACAUUCAAGAUUUGUAACACAACAUCAUUUAUAGAAGAAAAGAAAAAAAAAAUAAAGAAAAAUAUACA